AUGAGGCGUUUCCUGAGCAGGAAGGGCCGCUUCUCCCUGCGCCAGAGCAAGUCCGGGACCCGGAGUGCCUCCAAAGAUUUCUACCUUGGCCUGCCUGCCACCAAUCAGAACUGGCCUGAGGCGUUUGGCUUCCGAUUGGGUGGCACUGGGCCCAGCUACAUCCUGUCUGUAGUGGAGGGCAGUAGCGCCUUCCUGGCAGGCCUGCAGCCUGGUGACCAGGUAGUUGACAUUGAGGGCCAGGACGUGACCAACCUCAGCACACCGGCACUCAUCGCUCUGGCUCAGACGCUCAAGACGGUGCCACCCAGCAUUGGGGUGGUGUCUCGGAUCGAACAGCUUGACAUCACUCCUGGCCCAGAUGGCCGUUUUGGCUUCACUAUAGUGGGAGACAGCCCUCUCAUGGUGGAAGACUGCAUGCCUAAUGGUCCGGCUGGUCGUACUGGUCUCAAGGCGGGAGACUAUGUCAUGGAGGUCAACGGCAUCCCGGUGAAGCAUCAUGAAACAGCAGCGGCCAUGAUCAAAGCAGCCCAGGGUCGGCCUCUACGUCUGGGCGUGCUCAGUAUGGCCCGGCGGCCCAAGCGGCUGAGCAGCAGCAUGAGAGUGCUGUCACAGAGCGGGGAUAGUGUGAGGGAGAGUCGUGCCCACAAGGCUAUGGAGUUCAAUAAGAAGGUGGAGGAAGUGCUUGGAGAGGAGCUGGAUGUGAAGGAACAGCUGUUUGAGGUGCUGAAGCAGUAUGCUGCAGAGAGAGAUGUGGAAAGUCUGGCUGAGGCCCUGCCUGACAUCUUGAUCACAGAAGAUCAUCAACAGCUAAUUGAUAGUGUCAGGAUCUUCAUUCCCAAGAAGCAUCGGGAGCGUUUUGAUGAAGUGGUUUCCCAGAGCCUGAUGAGUCGUAUCAAGGGGCGGAGCUUUAGUGACCCUAGCCGCAACCGCCUUCGCCGCAGCCGGAGUGAGGAUCACCCAGAACGGCUUCUGGUGUCCACCCGCGCCAGCUCAGUGCCACGCACCCACGCAGAAGAAGGCGUGGCUCCCCCCACCCGUGGCAUGCGCAAGACCACCUCACUGAUAGCCGGCCACUCUAGUGCCAUUAACCAAUGUUCAAUCCCUCUAUUUAGGACAGUGAGAGUGUGCAAGGGCAACAUGAGCUUUGGCUUCACUCUUAGAGGUCAUGCUCCAGUGUGGAUUGACUCCGUUGUCCCAGGAAGCCCAGCAGACAAGGCCGGUCUAAAACCAGGAGACCGCAUCCUGUUUCUCAAUGGACUGGACAUGAGGACCUCUUCCCAUGAGAAGGUGGUGUCCAUGCUCCAAGGCAGUGGUGCAAUGCCCACCCUAGUAGUGGAGGAUGGCCCGCCUACUUUCAGCCUAUCAGAGCAGGACCUUACAGGGGGUGGAGUUCCUACAGAACGUGCCCGCUCUCCCAUGCUCAGCUCCCUGCAGUGGGUGGCAGAGAUUCUGCCUCCCAGUAUCAGGGUGCAGGGGCGUACCUUUGGACAACAGCUGGAGCACCUGCUGACUAUUCAAGAGAGGUACACCAUCUGCAAGGCUCUGGAGAACUUCUUCCAGCACAGGAAUGUUGACACUCUGAUCGUGGAUGUGUUCCCGGUGCUGGAUACCCCAGCCAAACAGGUGAUCUGGCAAUUUGUUUACCAGCUGCUGACGUAUGAAGAGCAAGAGCACUGCCAGAGCAAGAUCUCGCGCUUUCUUGGAUACAAAGCACCAGCUCCUCCCCCUCCUCCAGAGCCCGAAGCUGCCCCUGAGCCCCAUCGCCGUAGCAGCUCCAUGAGGGUGACAGGGACCACGUACAGGAGCAGUGUGAGGGGACGUAGCUCUGAUGACCUGGUCAUCGGCACACACUUGGGCAUGGGCAUCCGCGCAGAGCCAGUACUGGAGACAGGGAUGAGGUUGGCUCCAGGUGAAAGACAGUCAGGAGAUGGUACCUCGCUUCCUGAGACUCCCAACAACCUCACUAAUCUGUCAGCAGUGUAUGCUGAACUGGAGAACAUGUACUCAGCCAAGAGGUCCAAGUCCCUGAAGAGUCGCCCUCCUCCUGCCCCUGAGAGUUUGCUGGAUUUGGACCCUCCCUCCCGCACAGCUUCCCCUACAAUACAUGCUAACACAGGUAGUAGCCGUAAAGCCCUCCCUCCUGCUACAUCUUGGCCAGAACCUCUGCCCAGCCCUCCUCAAUCCCAGUUCUACCCAUCAGGGCUGACAAGUCAGACAAGUGCAGAGUCCAACCCCUACAUCAGCCUGGACAGCCCUCCACCUUCACCACCAGAGCCCCCUGACUACCCAUCGAGUCCCCCGGCCCACCGCAGCAGCAAGCGCCGGUACACCUUCUCCAAACCGCCUCGGUCUGAAGACACAGAUCGCUUUCUGGAUGCGCUGAGUGAACAGCUGGGACAGAGGGUGGCCAUCGUUGAUGAUUUCCUGACACCUGAAAAUGACUACGAGGAGGAUGUUGUGCAGAUGGGCUUCCCAGAUGAGGAGGAUGAGGACAUUGAAGAAGAUUUAGGGGUGGACGAAGAAGAAAAUGGAGGAUUUGUGGCCCCAGAACUCAGCAGCCCAAGUGAUGUUCAGAGCAGCAGUGGAGAGGAUAAUGCCUCCUCCCUCACCUACUCCUCCUCAUCUGACCACAUUCCUCCGCCUCCCAUGACCCCUCCUCCACCACCACCUGUUCAGUUCAAUGAUCCGCCCCCUCCAUCUCCUGUUAGCUACACCCCUGAACACUCCCCGAGAGCAUAUGUGCCCAUUCGCCGGAAAUCUGGCCCACCUCCCCCACCUCCACCUCGCAGUAACCUCCCACCUAAACGCCACUCCCUACAUAAAAUGCUGCCCACAAGAGAGGACCUACAGGUUCAUGCUACCAUACAAGAGCUAAAGGCCUACCAAGAACAACAAGUCUACCAGGACAGACAAGCUUAUGAGGAACAACAAGCUUAUAAAGAGAGGCAAGCAUAUGAAGAACAGAAAGCUUUUGAAGAACAACAACUGUUCCAAGAGCAGCAGGCCCUGCAGGAAAAGAUCUUCAAAGAGAGACAAGCCUUUGAAGAGCAGAAGGCGUAUGAGGAGCAAAAAACUUUUGAGGAGCAACAAAUGUACCAAGAGCAACAAGCCUACCAAGAAAGACAGGCAUAUGAACAGCGUCAAGCCUACCAGGAACAAAAAGUGUAUGAACAGCGUCAAGCUUACAAGGAGCAAAAAGCAUUUGAGGAGCUUCAAGCCUACAAGGAGCAAAAGGCAUUUGAGGAGCUUCAAGCCUACCAGGAGCAAAAAGCAUAUGAGGAACGUAAAGCUUAUGAAGAGCAAAAAGCAUACGAGGAACGCCAAGCCUUUGAGGAGCAACAGAUGCAACAGAUUUACCAGAGCCACCACUCGAUGCCUGCCCAGCCCACACAACAGAAAUCCCACUCCCCACUGCCUUCCCAACAACUGCACCAGUCCUUACCCCCACUCCCCUCUCCAGACUCCACCCAUCACCACGCUAACCAUUCUCUCUACAUAAUGCGCCAAGCACAACAGCAACAGGCCCAUCACACUCAUUACCACCGACGUCUGUCUCGCUCAGCACCACCCCCACACCAGCCGUCACCCCAACCGACAGCCCACCCCAACCAGCAGGGUCACUAUGCUGAGGGUAUCUACCAAAGCCAUCAGGGCCUAAGAGCCCAGCCUCAUCAUUCUUCACCUCAUCACUCCUCAACCGAACUCCUCCAUCACGCUCACCAGGUGCAUCGGGGACAAGCCCACCAUUCAUCCACUGAGCUGCUACAUCAAAUACACAAACCCCAGGCCCACCACUCUUCAACAGAGCUGCUUCAUCAAGCCCAUCAGAUACACCAACCGAAGCCCCAUCACUCCUCCACAGAGCUUCUGCAUCAAGCCCAGCAAGAGCCUGCCCCCCUCCCAAGUCAGCAUUCACACCAGAGCCGGAGAAGUCUGAAAGGUCAUCAUCAAACCCAAGCUUCACCGCAGGGGAGACACCAAGAGCAGCAGAUCCACCAAACCCAUCACCCCCAGCCCACCAAACCUUCUCCCCAGAGACCCCACUCAAUCCAGCAGACCCACCACCACUCCAGCACACCUCAGAUCCACCAUAUCCACCACAUGACCCCACAGCCACCUCCACAGGACUUCCAACACCAGAUUCAAGUCAUCCACCCUCCCCAGCAGCCCCACAGACCUCAGCCCCUUCUUUCUACCUUUCAGCCCCUCCAGCCACACCAGCCCACCCUCUCCACGUUCCAGCCCCUGCCCCAACACCACCAAUCGCAGCACCAAGUCCAGGCCUCCACCCAAGCCACCCGUCCACAAUCCCAACCCUCGCACCACUUGCUGCAGUCCCAACACCAGCCUCAAACCCAGUCCCACCACAAACAGGGUCAGCCCCAGUCCCUCCCCCAUUCUCUAUCUGACCCCUCAGAGCACCUGGAGCCCCCUCCGCCUCCACCCCUGCCCCCACCUUGCUCCCCUCCACCCCUGCCCAGGCCAAAUCUCUCUAGGAUGGACUCAAACCACAUGAGUGUGAAGAGGUUGCGCUGGGAGCAGGUGGAAAACUCAGAGGGCACUAUCUGGGGACAGCUGGGAGCAAAUUCAGACUAUGAAAAACUGCAUGACAUGGUGAAGUAUCUGGAUCUGGAGCUGCACUUUGGGACUCAGAAGGGCUCUCUGCCUGUUCCAGAGCCAUCUCCACAGCCAGACACUUUCAAGAAGAAGGAUGUGAUUGAAAUUCUGUCCCAUAAGAAGGCCUACAAUGCCUCCAUCCUGAUUGCCCAUCUGAAGUUGUCUCCAGGGGAGCUGCGUCAGGUGCUGAUGAACAUGGCCACCGAUAGACUGGAGCCAUCUCACAUUAAACAGCUGCUGCUGUAUGCCCCUGAUGCAGAGGAGGUGAAAAAGUAUGAAGAGUACAGAGAGAACCCGAGCAAACUUAGUGAGCCAGACCAGUUUGUAUUGCAGAUGUUAUCUGUACCGGAGUACAAGGUUCGUCUGCAGAGCCUCCUCUUCAAGUGUUCUCUACAGGAGAAGACAGAGGAGCUGAGGGGAGCAUACGACUGUAUUUACAAGGCCUCCUUGGAGCUGAAGACCAGCAAGAAGCUGGCUAAGAUACUAGAGUUUGUGUUGGCAAUGGGGAACUACUUGAAUAACAGCCAGCCUAAAACCAAUAAGACAACAGGAUUCAAGAUCAACUUCCUCACAGAGUUAAGCACAACUAAAACAGUGGAUGGGAAGUCAACAUUUCUGCAUAUUCUGGUCAAGUCAUUAUGCCAUCACUUUCCUGAUGUGUUGGAUUUUUCCAAAGAUCUAACCAUGGUUCCUCUUGCAUCCAAAGUUAACCAGAGGACUAUCACAUCAGAUAUGAAUGACCUCCAUACAACCAUCCAGGAGAUUCGCUCAGCCUGUCAGAAGAUGCCUGUAACUGCUGAGGAUCGUUUUGCUGUCGUCAUGAGUAACUACCUGGAGAACAGCCAUCCAGCAGUCCAGUCUCUGGAGUCCCUCCAGCAGAGAGCAAUGGAGGAAUUUUCCAAAACUGCUUCCUACUUUGGAGAGGAUGGCAAAACUGCUAACACCGAGGCCUUCUUUGGUAUCUUUUCUGAAUUCAUCAACAAGUUUGAGAGAGCUCUCAGUGAUCAGCAAGUAGCAGAAACCCAGAAGAGCCCCAGAAGUCCACGAAUGGCCUCCCCACUGGCCUGGUAA